UCGGCCAUUUCGCCCGAACAGGCUAACAGCCAGUCGAGGGGGAGAGCAGGCCGGAGGUUGUACAGAAGCACCUUGUAGAACAAAACCAGCACACACCGCACAAUGAGUGAUGCCGCAGUUUCAUUCGCCAAGGAUUUCUUGGCUGGAGGUAUCGCCGCCGCAAUCUCCAAGACAGCUGUCGCUCCCAUCGAGAGAGUCAAGCUUCUCCUUCAGGUCCAACAUGCCAGUAAGCAGAUCACAGCUGACAAACAGUAUAAGGGUAUUAUCGACUGUGUAGUCCGUAUUCCCAAGGAGCAGGGCUUCCUGUCCUUCUGGAGAGGUAACCUGGCCAAUGUCAUCAGGUACUUCCCAACCCAGGCCCUCAACUUCGCCUUCAAGGACAAGUACAAGAAGAUCUUCUUGGAUGGCGUGGACAAACGCACCCAGUUCUGGAGGUACUUCGCCGGUAACCUGGCGUCCGGCGGUGCUGCUGGCGCCACCUCCCUCUGCUUCGUCUACCCGCUCGACUUCGCCCGAACUCGUCUCGCUGCCGACGUGGGCAAGGCUGGCGCCGAGAGAGAGUUCACCGGUUUGGGCAACUGUCUGGUCAAGAUCUUCAAGUCUGAUGGUCUGAAGGGGCUGUACCAGGGUUUCAACGUGUCUGUGCAGGGUAUCAUCAUCUACAGAGCAGCUUACUUCGGUAUCUACGACACCGCCAAAGGUAUGCUGCCCGAUCCCAAAAACACCCACAUCGUUGUCAGCUGGAUGAUCGCACAGACUGUGACGGCUGUCGCCGGACUCACAUCCUACCCCUUCGACACGGUCCGUCGGCGUAUGAUGAUGCAGUCUGGACGCAAAGGAGCUGACAUCAUGUACAGCGGCACCAUUGACUGCUGGAGGAAGAUCGCCCGUGAUGAAGGUGGCAAGGCCUUCUUCAAGGGCGCCUGGUCCAAUGUGCUCAGGGGCAUGGGUGGUGCGUUUGUGCUGGUCCUCUACGACGAGUUGAAGAAGAUCAUCUAAAUCAUUUUAUAUAAAUAUACAUGUUCACUGUUUAAAACAAAAAAAAAAAAGAAAAACAAACAAAAAAAUGGGAAAAGUUGAAAAGGCUAAAACUGUAACAUAACGUUAUUCGGCUUUGUGGACUCUUAUGCCUUAUUCAUGGGGCUUGACUAGUACACUACUAGUUCUAUCUGAGAGAUGACGAUGGCGGCGGUGACGACAACGAUGACUAUGAUGGUGGUGUAAAAAUGGUGUUUCUUUUUUUUUCUUUUUCUUUUUUUCUCCUUUUGCUCCGACAGCCCACCCCCCCCAGCACCAAAUGUCAUUCCUGUUCAAGUUUAAACACAGAACGUUGUUCUACCUGUUCUCCAGUCAGUAUGUUUUUAAUCAUGACUUGAAUAAAUUCAACCUACUGAACAACCCUAAA